UGAUUUUAGAUAAGUUUGGGUUGAUCUUCCCUUGAAUCUAUCUAUCCUGUUUCUACAUAUUGUUUCCUAUAUUUUCUGGUUACCAUCUCCGUUUCACUCCUAUUUCAUCUCUUGUCCUUCUCUGUCUUUCACGAGUUCUGUUUCUUGGCCUAGAGACACAUCUUUAAAGCUUGUAAGCGGGAAUAUACGAAGUAUUAUUGGCUAAAACACUGAACAUCAGAUGAUUUCACAUACCGGACCCAAGGACGUGAUGGAAGGGAAACCCCAAAAUCCCCAUCUUGCAUCUAUAUCCAAAUCAGCAACAGAAAAUAGCAGGCCAAGCAGCAUGAUUGUAAAGAAGGCACAUACCGUUAUACCUGCACACAUAGUAGCUGAAGCCAUAUCAAAACUCCAAGGAGAAGGCCUUGAUCUCAGAUGGUCAGGUCCAAUAACACCAACAGAAAUGCAAUAUGUCGAACAGUAUGUCUUAGCAAAAUAUCCUCAGUAUGCUUCCCUUGUUGAAGGAGAAAUGAUCGAUCUCUCCAGUCUUUGUAUCAAUGAAGAAUCCUCCGAAUUAGCAGAUGAAAAGGGAAAGUCACCAAGGGGAAAUUUUAGGGAGUCCAAACCCUCCUUUGGGAGCAAUCUUCCUGACCUGGAUAUGACUCAAUUGGAGCCAUCAAGACUGCUAGAUAUCCUCACCAAGAAAUCCUCCUUCCCUGGAAGUUUCAUCUCAAUUCCUGAAAUUCAAGCUCGGAACAAAGUUCUAAAGCACUGUGGAUUGUCUGAUAAUGAGUAUCUUGUUCUGUUCACUCCAAAUUACAAGGAUGCAAUGAUGUUAGUAGGUGAGAGCUACCCCUUCUUCCGAGGGAACAUCUAUAUGAGCAUCCUUGGGGAAGAAAUAGAUUGCGUGCGGGAAUUCGCCAGUUACAAGGAAGCAAAAGUAAUCUUGGCACCCGAGUCUUGGUUGGAUUUGAGGAUCAAGGGAUCACAACUUAGCCAAUAUUUUCGGAGGAAGUGUAAGCAUAGCCCAAAAGGGUUAUUCUCUUAUCCAGUUGAAGUAAAUGGGACACGUUAUUCUACGCAUUGGAUUUCAGAAGCUCAUAGGAAUUCAUGGCAUGUUCUGCUUGACGCUACUGCUUUGGUUGCAGGGAAGGAUCGGUUGAAUCUUGCACUUCAUCAGCCAGACUUUGUAUUGUGUAGUCUAGAGAAUACACAUGCUCAUCCUUCAAGUAUAACUUGCCUUCUGGUGAGGAAGAAAUCCUUUGAUACUACAACAGCUUCAUCUCAGGUUGAGUGAAAAAGGAUUGACCCCUAGUGACAUAGUAUCUUUAAAGUGGACAGAGCAAUAUCUGUACCAGUCUUAAUUCAGUAGUAUCAAAUAAAUAAAAUUAGUCGGG